AUGGCUUCCUUCACUUUACCGCCAAUUCAUGACAACCCUGACGGAGGAUGGGGCCCGUCGUCUUCUAACAUUCCUGAACAGUUCAAGUUCAAGGACAUCCCAUAUGCGCCAUACUCGAAAUCUGAUAAACUCGGCCGCUUUGCUGAUUGGAAUGACACAGGCGAUACUCGCCAAACUGCAGUAGGACUUCCCUCAACAAGGGAUGCCCGCGGUCCGGGUCGCUCAAGAAGAGAUGGUGCUCAGGCAUUCGGCAGUGGGACUGCCAGUGCGUUUGCUUACUUCCACGUGGAAGACGAAUCUAGCUUUUCUCUGGUGGACAAUAAAGCUGCUCCUCCACGCAGGGGCGGUGGGUUCACCCGUGGAAGGGCUACUGGUCGCGGUGGUGUAUCCUUUACUAAUCGGGGGGUUGCUCAACGAGGUGGCCGUGGUGGUUUCAAUAACCGAGGGGGCGCACAGCGUGGGGGUCGGAAAGGAUGGAGAGACUGGGAAAAGACCAACCGCACUCGUGAAUCGUCUGUUGCAAUCAGCCCACAAUGGACCAUGUUGGAGGAGAUCGAGUUCCAUCGGCUUGCUAAGCUCAAGCUUGAAGUUGAUGAGCCGGAAGACAUUGACACUUACGGCCGCGUUUUUGCGUAUGAUAAAUCAUAUGACCGAAUUACAACAAAGACGGAACGCCCGUUACAACUCGUGGACCGCAUCAAGUACAACACCACAACUUCUGAUGACCCCGUCAUCCAGCAGUUGGUCUCUAAAAAUGUUGCCAAUGUCUACACGACGGAUGCUAUCUUAUCGGUCCUCAUGUGCGCACCUCGAUCAGUCAACCCUUGGGAUAUUGUCAUUCUCCGCGAGGGUAAUAAUUUGUACUUCGAUAAACGUGAUGGUGGUCCAUUUGACACUGUUACGGUGAACGAGAACGCUUCGGACCCUCCGCAGGACCCUGCACCCCCAAAUCCAAACAACCCGGCCGAGAAGACAGCGGUUCCAGAACCGCCAUCUAUUAAUUCGGCCACUUCACUUUCUUUGGAGGCGACUUAUAUCAAUCAAAACUUUGGGUUCCAAUCUGUUCAGGAAAACAUCGCGGCGGACUUUGCCCACUCUAACCCAUUCUAUGGCCCAGAAGAGACAGAGCCUUUGGCAUCUUGCGGAUACCGCUACCGUGUUUUCGACCUUGGUAUCACGGAGGAUGAAGAUGUGAAGAUCUGUAUCCGUACUGAAGUGGAUGCUUAUGUUCCCGGACCAGGAAAUCCACAAGAGGGCCAUGGAUUAGUUACCAUUCGUGCAUUGAACGAAUUUGACCCCCGUGCUCAAGGAGCAGGCGGUGCUCCUGACUGGCGGUCCAAGCUGGAUUCACAGCGUGGCGCUGUAGUUGCUACAGAAAUGAAAAAUAACAGUUGCAAGCUUGCCAAGUGGACUGUACAGAGUGUGCUGGCAGGAGCUGAACUGAUGAAAAUAGGUUACAUCUCGCGUGGAAACCCUAAAGACAACACGCGACAUGUCAUUCUGAGCACAGCUUCCAUGCGUCCAACCGACUUCGCUGCUCAGCUGAAUGUUUCUCUCGCUAAUGGCUGGGGUAUCGUCAGAACAAUCACUGAUUUAUGUAUGAAAAUGCCCGAGGGCAAAUACGUCCUUAUUAAGGACCCCAAUAAGUCGGUGAUCCGUCUGUACGCCGUGCCUAUGACCGCUUUCACUACCGAGGACGAGGACGCUGAGGGGUAUGAAGGGGAUGAACCCGAGUCGGCGGCUUGA